AGAGUCCAGGUGCCCCCUAUUCAUUAAGCUGUUGUACAUAACCGGAAAAAACAGAUUUCUGUGUUCAACUGAUAAACAACUUUCAAACCCAAAAUCUCUCCACAAUUUCUCUUAAUGUUGCUCUUUGCGUAACAACCUCAAAACAAACCCUUGUUUCUGUUUGUGUUUCGAACCCUUAUAUCUAUAUCUUUGAGCCCUUUCGUUUAACUAUGCAGAGAUGGAGCAAAGCCAAUUCCAAAGCCAAGACCAGGAGAAGAAGAGAAGAAGGGUGCUGAGCAAGCCCUUGAGACUGAGAUGUUCAGUGAAGAAUUACAACUGGGGAAAUCUGGGUAGUAAAUCACACGUGGCUCGGUUGUUUUCUCGCAAUUCCGGAUCGCAUAUUGACCCAGAUGAGAGUUAUGCCGAGUUGUGGAUCGGGACUCAUGGAUCUGGACCCUCGUUUGUGGAUGACCCGUUUGGUGGUCUGAGUAGUCUCAAGGAGUGGAUCUCUAAGAACCCCGAUGUGUUGGGAGAUCAAGUUUUGAAAAAAUGGGGCGCUGAUCUUCCAUUUUUGUUUAAGGUGCUUUCGAUCAAGAAGGCGCUGUCGAUACAGGCACAUCCUGAUAAGGAGCUGGCGAGGGCGCUCCACAAGUCUCAGCCCAGUUUGUAUAAGGAUGAUAAUCACAAGCCUGAAUUAGCAUUGGCUUUGACUGAAUUUGAGGCAUUGUGUGGCUUUAUUAGCCUCAAGGAUCUUAGGACUGUCUUAUGUACAGUUCCUGAAAUUAUAGAAUUGAUUGGUGGAGCAGAUGCAGAACAAUGGUUACCUGCCAAUGAAAUGGACAGAAAUAAUGAAUUGGAAGCAGUUCUGGAAUCCAUUUUCAGUCAAAUUCUGCUGUCAAGUAAAGAUAGAAUUUCUCAGAUUUUAUCUAAACUUAAAUGGAGAUUGAAUUUGGAGAAGAAGAAAAGAGAAUUGACAGAUAAAGAAAAAUUGGUGCUGAGACUAGAGAGUCAAUAUCCUGCCGAUGCAGGUGUCAUGGCAGCGUUGUUUCUGAACUAUGUGAAGCUGAAUCGCGGUGAAGCAUUGUGCAUAGGGGCAAAUGAACCUCAUGCUUAUAUCUAUGGUGAAUGCAUAGAGUGUAUGGCAACAUCUGACAAUGUCGUUCGUGCUGGCCUUACCUCUAAACAGCGGGAUAUCCAAACACUCCUCUCUAUGCUAAAACGUCGAAAGGGUUUUCCAGAAAUUCUAAAAGGACUCUCGUUGAAUCAAUACACAACAAGGUACCUCCCACCAUUUGAAGAAUUUGAAGUGGAUCGUUGCAUUCUUCCUGAUGCAGCAUCAGUGGUGUUUCCCUCUGUGCCAGGACCGUCUCUAUUGCUGUUCAUAAGUGGGAAUGGCACAAUUGGUGCAACAUUAUCAGAAGAGCACAUGGUUGAAGAAGGAGAUGUUCUUUUCAUGCCUGCAUACGUGGAGUUCACCAUAACAUCAGAAUCAAAAGAGUUACAUUUGUACAGAGCUGGAAUUAACAGCAAGUUUUUUCAGGCUUAGUAAUUAUUACAGUUUAGUCGGAUGAUGAAUAAUGAACAUAGAAUAUGGUUACUAGAAUCAAAUAAUCCCAGUUAUAGGGUAAGCACAAAUUAAAUUUUGCUCUUGUUUCGAUUCAGUCUAUGUGUUUGAAUGGUUUUUUUCCUUCUUCAAAGAGUUAAUGAAUUUAUUUCCGGCGAA